CUUGCGUUUCUAUUUUCUAACCCAUUUUUUAUUUCUUCUUCAUACCAAACAAACACAAAGCUUUUGAGAGAAGCAAUAUUUAAAAAAAAAAAAAAAAAAAACUGUUCGUCCCAUUCUCUUUUUGUUCAGGUUUAUCUUCAUCUCUGCACCUUUUCUUUUUCUUUUCUGUUUUCCUUCAAAUUCUAACUUUGCUUGGCUGACGAGGAGAGCUUAAAGUUUAUAUUUCAUGUUUCUCAUUCUUCGUCAAAAUGGAGAGUCUUGUAAUUGCUCAUCCUGAAAUAUUUGGUGCUCAGUAACUUAAAAUUUUAAUAUAAGAUCAUGAUUUAGUGUGUGUUGUUGAGAGAUAAACAUGAUCGUUGAUAAAACUGUUUCCAUUAAUCUUUACGUUGGAAUUGAUUUCUUGAAAUAUUGGCUGACAAUCAAAUUUAGAAAACAGAAAGGAAAAAGAAAACAUGAGGAGAGCUGAAGAUGGAGGCUAAUUCUUGUAAUAAUGUUGUUAAUUUUGAUUUUUUUUUUUGGUGAUUAUUCACUGAAUAUUCUAGAAUAAGAUAAAAAUUUUGUUAUUGACUGGUAAACAAGGUCCUUGAAACUUUAAAGCCAUGGAGCUUACAAAUGAUUUUUAUAAUGAGAUGUUGAUGGAAUUGGGUUAGUUGAUGGAUGAAACUAGGUUAUCUUAUCGUCAUGGAUCCUAUGUCAUUUUCUUUCCCUUUUCCUUGGCAUGUUCAUCCGAAUAUUCAUUUGUAAUCAACUCCUAGUUUAAUGCUUAAUUUAGAAAAAGAAAACUAUGGAAAUCCAGACCCCUGUAUACUGUGUAUUUGCCUAAAAUAGUAACAGAAUGUCUUAAAACAACCAUUAUAUCGAAUUUGGAUACUGUUGUUAUUGACAGAUUCUUUAAUUUCAACUUAUAGUAGUCCAGAACAAAGUUAUUACAUGCUACGAAUUGGAGUCAGCAAAACAAUAAUUAUCCAUUUUCAUGUCCCAAUGCAAGCUUAAAGCUUCAGCUUAUAUACUUGGAAUUAUUAACAUGUCUACUCAGCGAAUUGAUCCACUUGUUCAAGUGGAAACAACCUGUAGAGCCCUUCUAAAUGAACUUCAGAUAAUCUGGGAAGAAGUUGGGGAGACAGAUGCUGACAGAGAUGAAAUGCUGCUUGAGCUUGAACGAGAGUGUGUGGAAGUAUACAGAAGAAAGGUAGAUCAGGCAAAUCACUCCAAAGCCCAUAUAAGACAGACAAUUGCUGAUUCUGAAGCCGAACUGGCUGCCAUCUGUUCAGCAAUGGGGGAGAGGCCAGUGCAUAUUAGGCAGUCAGAUCAAAACAUUGGCAGCUUGAAGGAAGAGCUCAGGAAAAUUCUUUCACAAGUGGAGGAGAUGAAGAAAAGGAAGGAAGAAAGAAGAAAUCAUUUCAUAGACGUUCUGGACCAAAUAGAAAUGAUCAGAAAUGAGAUAAAUGGAUCCACCGAAUCAAUUUCCUCGGAAACAGUUGUGGAUGAAACUGAUUUAUCCUUAAUGAGGCUUGAAGAAUUGCAUAGACAGCUGCAUGAACUUCUGAAAGAGAAGAGUAAUCGUCUGAAGCAGGUUCAGGACCAUCUUAACACAUUGAACUCACUCUGCUCAGUGAUGGGUAUGGAUUUCAAGCUUACAGCUACCGAGGUCCAUCCUAGUUUAGGUGAAUCUGAAAGAUCGAGGAGCAUUAGCAAUAAUACACUCGAGCAGCUGGGAACAGAAAUAAAUAAGUUGCGGGAAGUUAAGAUACAGAGGAUGGAAAGGCUACAAGAUCUUGCAACUACCAUGUUGGAGUUGUGGAAUCUGAUGGAUACACCGAUUGAGGAGCAACAGAAGUUUCAGAAUGUUACCUGCAAUGUAGCUGCUUCAGAGCAUGAAAUUACUGAACCCAACACUCUCUCUGACGAUUUUAUCAACUAUGUUGAGGAAGAAGUUUCUAGACUGGAAGACUUAAAGUCGAGCAAAAUGAAAGAGAUCAUUCUCAAGAAGAGAGAAGAGCUAAAGGAGAUCUCUACAAAGACGCACUUGAUUCCUGACACUCAUUUAGAAGAUGAAAUUGAAGCUAUUGACUCAGGAGUGGUUGAUGCUGCAACUAUACUAGAACAAAUUGAACUUCAAAUUGCCAAGGUUAAAGAGGAAGCUUUUAGCAGAAAAGAAAUACUUGAGAAGGUUGAGAAAUGGUUGGCAGCAUGUGAGGAGGAAUCUUGGCUUGAGGAAUAUAACAGGGAUGAAAACCGAUAUAAUGCCGGAAGAGGUACUCAUCUUACACUGAAGCGCGCCGAGAAAGCUCGUUCCUUGGUUAAUAAACUUCCAGGAAGGGUGGAGGCUUUGACUUCAAAGAUUAUGGCAUGGGAAGAGGAGAGAGGGACUGAAUUUUUGUAUGAUGGUACUUCUGUUCUUUCAAUGCUUGAAGAUUAUGCUAAUUUACGAGAGGAGAAAGAGCAAGAACGCCGUAGGUUGCGGGACCAGAAGAGACUUCAGGGACAACUAAUAGCCGAGCAAGAGGUACUCUAUGGCGCAAAACAAAGCCCACCAAAGCCGCAGAGUGCAAAAAAGGGUUCCAAGCAGUGUACUGGAGUUCCAAGCACUAAAAAAGUCGCCUUGGGAGGACCAAUGCUUCAAGCUCAUAAACUCGAUUCAGUCAAUUCCCCGAGGAUUUCUCAAACACGUUCUAAUAAGAAAACUGAGUUUAUGUUACAAAAUGACGCCAUUCCAGCUUCCCCAGCUUUUAAGAGAGACCAGGACAUUGCCGAUGCUCCCUUUCGAAAGCACCCAUCAAACGGCGUAAACACUAAUGAAAUAGAAUCACAACUGGUUCGUAAGCCAUUCUCGCCCAUCUCCCCCCCAGUAUCAUCAAAAGCCAAUAUGACAAACAAGCUUGAAGAUAACGGUGAAAGUAAAACUUUACAGAAAACAAUUCCGACCAACGAUCCAUCCAACAACACCAUGACUCCCUUGAAGACGAUUUCUUCAGUCGACGAAGAGAAUAGGAAGCCAAAGGCAAUGCAUUCAACAGCGUCAGUUCAAAUGCAGACAGACAUAACACCACCUCCAACGUUGCAAACUUCACUAGUCGAAGAAACUCAUGAAGAGAUGGAACAGUCGUUUGAAGAAAAGAGGCUUGCUUUGAUGCAUUCGGAUAAACAAAUUCCAUCAAUGAUACAAGUAUGAAAGCUUCAGAAACCUUCUUAUUACUUGAUUUUUUAAAAAUUUUCACUCUCUUUGAUGUUUAUAAUUUUGACUGUUCUGCUGUGAAUGUAUAACUGCGAGCCUGAACGUGGACGAAUUGCAAGCUUUUAUUAUCCCAGUAUUUUCGUCAUUGAGGUUCUUUUUUAAAAGAAAA